CUUCGAUCUGUCGCUCAGUUGUUGCAUACUUCUCGGCGCGUUCGUUACGCGAGCAGUACAAAGUAAAACAAACAGAUAAAACUGAAAGUGAAAUAUAACUCCAAGGCAGAUUGGCCGUAUUUCAGCGCAUUGUAUUCCACGCCCGCCUAAAAGCUCGCCACGUCCAAUGCGCACUCAGAGCGGUUUGAUAGCGGUGGCGCUGCUGCUGCUGCUCCUGCUGCCGUCACCUUCGACUGCUACGGAUGCGGAGGCGGAGGCGGAGAACUCGGCCAGUCCGCUGACUGGCCAGCCUGGCGCCGAGCAGCCGCGCAAGGUGGUGAAGCGGGCACCCACGUCCAGCUUCAUCGGGAUGCGCGGCAAGAAGGACGAGGAGGGGGACACGUCGGAGGGAAACUGGCUGGGACCCGGGCCAGAUCCUUUGGACUACGCCGACGAGGAGGCGGAUAGCUACUACGCCGAGAACGGGCGGCGUUUGAAGAAGGCGCCACUGGCCUUCGUGGGCAUGCGCGGCAAGAAGCUCUUCCCGAUCAAUGCCGCCCGCCUGUCCGAUGUCCUGCAGCACCUGGAGGAGGAGCACUUGCGGGAUAGCCUGCUGCGGGACUUCUGGGAGCGCAUGGCGACAGGUGAGGGGCCAGCUGUGGGCAAGCGGGCGCCCACAGGAUUCACGGGCAUGCGGGGCAAGCGACCCGCCCUCCUGGGGGGCGAUGAAGACACGGAAGCGGAGGCGGACGAGGCCAUGGAGCUGUCCCAGAAGAGGGCUCCGGUCAACUCGUUUGUGGGGAUGCGGGGCAAGAAGGACGUCUCUCACCAGCACUACAAACGGGAAGCUCUCUCAAAGUUCUGGCAUAAUUUCUUUAAAAAGUCCUACGACUUGGGAAAACAACAGCGCUUCGCAGACUUCAACAGCAAAUUUGUGGCAGUGCGUGGUAAGAAGGCCGAUCUGGAGGGAAAUGGAAUCGGAAACGGGGAGGAUCACCAACAGUCUCUGGUACAUCCCUGGCUCUACCUUUGGGGAGAAAAACGGGCACCAAACGGAUUCUUAGGAAUGCGCGGCAAGCGGCCAGCACCUUUUGAGUAAGCGACGUUAAAUGAUUUAAAUGAUCUCGAUGGAAGUUCCUCUUAGAGCUACGAAACUAGAAAACGCAAGAGUGGAUGGACACAGGUGACCGGAAAUGCAGUCAUGCAAGCAGAAUGGAUCACAAGAGUGUUUCAAAUAAUCACAGGGCUGGAGAUUAUUUCAAACACGAACACACAAAAAUACACGGAUAAGAUUUGCUCUGUUAGUUGACACAAAAUUUUCAGCUUAAUGUAUGUAUAACGAGACUUGCAAAUACUGUAUUGUACAUUUUGUUGAAAUUGAAUGACGCUUCAAAGAUUGUGUGGGUUUAAAUUUAACUAUUUGCAUAUCUAAGUGUAAACUUUUAAUCAAAAUUAUAAAAAAUAGAUCAAGUGCACAAGUAAAAUGAAAAAUGGGAGACAUUUGUUUAUUUUCAAAACAUAUUCAAAGAAUCAAUUUCAUUGUGGUACAUCUACGUAUACAAGAGAUAUAUACACAUGCAUAAUUAGCACAAAUAAAUAUUGUAAAUAA